CCCAUCCCUCCCCCACUCCUCUCUUCCUCCCUCUCUCCCUCAUUUUCAACACGCGCCCCUCUAUCUCUCUCUCUUAGUAUCAGUGAGCCGUCAGCCAUUCAUCAGACAAGGAAGACGGAUACAGAAUGGUCGGAUACAAGACCGCGCUGGUGGCGGCACUGGGGGCGCUGGGGCUGGCCUGCCUCCUGAUGCGAGAGCCGCCCCUCCCCUCUCUUGACCCUGACCCGUGGUGGGGGCCCGGACCUCGCCAGCCGGAAGAUGUCACUGUGCGGCCUUUCAAGAUUGACAUCCCUGAAGAGGAAGUGGCAGACUUUCGCACGCGUCUGUCCCUGCCCCUCCGCCUGACGCCGCCCCUCGAGCAAGCCAACUUCACCUACGGCUUCAACAGCAAUGCACUCGUUAAGGUCGUGGAUUACUGGCGCCGCGGCUACGACUGGAGGGAACGGGAGAGGAGACUCAAUGCCUUUGCUCAGUACAAGACCUUCGUCGAAUUCUACAACCUCCUUCCCUUCCUGACGACGCCGCAGGAGGGCAGCAGCGUCGUGUUCGAGGUGGUUUGCCCGUCGAUUCCUGGCUACGGGUUCUCGCAAGCGCCUGUCAGGGAGGGUUUAGGAGUCAAGGAGACGGGACAGAUAUUCCUAAAGUUAAUGAAGAGAUUAGGCUUCGAGAAGUUUUACCUACAAGGAGGAGACUGGGGCUCCGGGAUUGCCACAGAGAUGGCUACGUAUUAUCCUGAAAAUGUACUGGGAGUCCACCUCAACAUGUUCGGAUCCAUAACCGCCGGCGCUACAGCAAAGUUAGUUCUGGGGUCGAUUCUUCCCACGGGACUUCUUGUCGCUGCCAAAGACCAGGAUAAAGUGUACCCUUUGGGAGAGACCUUUAAGUGGCUUCUUAGGGAAACAGGCUACGCCCAUAUCCAAGCCACCAAGCCAGAUACGGUCGGUGAGUGGAAAAGUGAAAGAGAUGGUAGUAUGUGUAUUGUGUAG